AUGUCCGAAGUUAUAUCCAGACCUUCAGCGCCGCGUGGGCGCGGCUCUGCCCGAGGCGGCCGAGGCGGCUACAGCUCCAGAGGUGGUCGAGGCGGCGCUCGAUCGACCAAGGCUGACAUUGCCGAAACCACGGCCGCACCCACGACACUUGAAGAUGAAGGAGAAAUCGGUCAAUUGAAACUCAAGUAUGCGACCGAAUUGCCCACGCUCAAGGAGCUCUUCCACGACUGGACGGACGAGGAUCUAGUGUUUGCUCUGGAGGAUGCGAACGGUGUUCUUGAGAGUGCAAUCGAACACAUUAGUGAAGGCAAUGCUUCUCAAUGGGGUGAAGUCAAGAAGAAGACUACCGAUCGGUCCCGCACGAAAGUGAAAGAUCUGCCCAAGGCCCAGACCAGUGGUGGCGAGACAGUAUCUGCAACCACUCGGGGUGGUCGCGGCCGUGGAGGAUUCGAGGGUCGCGGGGGCCGUGCUCGAGGGGAUCGAGGCCGUGGUGGCCGCGGUGGUCGAGCUGGCGCCGUACGGGACGAAAAACCUGCUCCAACUGCCGAGCAGGUCGAUACGUCCAUCCCUACCGAAACCCCCGUGACUGCUGAUACCACAGCACCCAUAAAGCCCGCCGAAACCACCGAGACUGUGAAGGAACAACAAAAAGAGGCUCCUAAACUUCCCGAGCCUGCGAAGAAAGGAUGGGCAAGUUUGUUUGCUAAGCCUACACCUCCGCCUCCCCAGAAGAAGCCACCACCUUCCACUGUAACACCCGCUGCACCACCUGUUGAGACUCCGCUUGAACCAAAGCCUGCCACGAUUGCGACACCUGUACCUGUACCUGCCGAAACCACAGAAGUACCAAAACCUGAUGUCCCCGAACAACCUCCAGUACCGCUGAAUGAACCCACACCCGAAAUUCCUUCCACCCAGUCUUUCGAACAAGCCAAAGAUGACCUCACGAAAACAAACCUCGACCAAGUUCCCGACGUGUCAGUACCCCCUGCUACUGCAACAGCCGCUAGCACGGUUGCAAGCGUACAGGAUCCCAAUUCUCUACCUCCCGUAACACCUCAAAGCCGUGGUCUCGCAUCUGGUUAUGCCGCCACCGCUUUCAAGGCAGCCGGAAACCAAGGCCGUGCUCCUAGCUUUCAACGUCGUGUUCUGGAACAACAGGAAGCUGUUGUUAUGCCUGCUAACCAUGCUGUCGACCGAGCCGCCGUUCAGUUUGGCAGUAUGGGGUUGAAUGGAAAUGACUCCGUGGAUAUCGACGAACAGAGAGAGGAAGCUGAAACCAGAGCUCAGCCCCCUCAACAUUCCCCCGUUGCCCCUCGUGCUUCUCUACCGCCCCCUGUUCAACCUCACGCCCCCGCUGAAACCCCUUCCAUUGCUCGUCCAGCUCCGGGAUUGCCUCCUGUACCCCAGGCCGCUUCCACAGAUGCCGCAGCCUUUAAUGAUUUUGGCCGAUAUGGUGAAGCCCAGAAACCCUACGAUCCGUUUGCACACCACCCCUCGCAAACCCAAGCUCAAGAGCCAUUCUCUCAUCAGGCACCUACUCAGGCUGCGGUAACAACUGGCAGCGAGUACUCGCCUUUCUACGCCGCCGACCAGCAGCGACUUCCGUACAACUAUUACGGUUAUCCUUCGCAGGAUUCUACCGGUCAGCGCGGUGCAGCUGGCUUUGCAGUGUCGGGAGCUGAGGGACAGCCACAGGCUCCAGCUACUCAGACUCCAAGCCGCUAUGGACACGCAGAGGCACCUGGCAGUGGUCAAAACACUCCUAACCCGACUCUUCCCAUCACAACCCAGACGCAACAGCCGUCCGCCCAACACAUUCCUGGUGCACAGGGCGCUCAUGCCGGUUACGGAUACGGGUAUCCUUACUACUCUAACCCACAUUACGCUCAAUCUUACAUGAAUAUGAACCAGCAGCAUCAAUAUGGUCGCAACCGUCCCAUGUAUGAUGAUGCUCGUCGAUAUGAAGACCAUUACAUGCCUCACAGCAACCAGUACGGUUACACCAACCAAUAUGCCCCAUACGGCAAGGGCGGCGUGUACGGCCAGCCUUUCUCUUACGACCAUUCAUCUUCUCCAGCAAAUGCGGGCGGCUUCAACCAGGCUCUUCCAGGACGUGACUCUGUCUAUGGUCGUGCUGGAUCUGCUCAGCCCGAAAACCAGCAGUCAGCUACUGGAGCAAACACUACGUUUGGUUCAGCCGUCCCUGACGUGUUUGGACGCUCACAAUCUGGCUUUGGUCAGAACCAGCCUAUCUCUCAGCAACAGCCUGUAAGCAGUGAGGAGACAACCAAAGGAUUUGAAGCAUCCAAGACUGGUGGACCAAGUCCCUCGCUUGCUCAGGCUAACCGACCUGGCUCGGCGACGAACAGCAUUCCUGGACAGUCUCAGUCGCAGACUGGCUUACCUCCCCUCCAGGGACAACAAGGCCAACAAGGCUUUGGCGGUUAUCCUCAUCUGAACCCGCAGUAUGGCGGUGGACUGGGUGGGCUGGGCAGUCACCAGGCUGGUGGUGUUAGCCAGAAUCAUCAUCAAGCAAGUACAUAUGGAAACUACGGCGCAGCAGGAUUUGGUAACUAUUACGGAAACUCGGGACGCGGUGGAUGGGGUGGAAACUAUGGUCAUUGA